AUUUCAUUUUUUUCCAGUCCAUGAUGAUUGUUCUUACGUUGACUGCCACUGUACCUCUAUGACACACCGAGAUAUGAGAAAUAACAAUAAUAAGCUGUUUUGAAUAGUCUAAUUUCCAGAAAAACGACUAAAAAAUGCUGGAAACUGAAGCAUCUGAGACGGCAGGGUCUCAGCACGUAAAGAAAAAGCAACACCGUGAUAUUACCAAGAUUGUGCUGAAGCGCAAGGAACAUCUUUCACUGCUCUGCGAGUGGGAGCAAUGCAGCAAUAUGUUUUCUGAAAUGAUGGAGUUUAUCAAGCAUGUCGGAGGUCACCUGGCCGGGCGAAAAUUGCCAACCGUGCCCGAAGGAGGUUAUCUCUGUCAGUGGCGAGAAUGCGAGAAUUCGGUUUCUACCUACGAGGAGUACGAGCGCCAUGUCUACUUCCACACAUUCCAUUGCAAGAUCAAAUGUCUCGGAGAAAACCUCGUUCAGCGAUACAGAAUGAACAGAUGCCCGGUUUACAAUGGCCGUAACAUGAUACCUGAACUUCCCGACAGUCUGCAGUGCGGUUGGAUAGAAUGUGAGGGUGUUUAUGAAAACCCAGAGAUUUUUUAUCGGCAUGUGAAUAACCAUGUAGAGGUUUAUCCACAAGGCAAUAAUCCAAAAGUCCCAGUCACGUGUCAUUGGGAAGGAUGUGCUUGUGUAGUAAAGAGCAAGCAUAGGCUUAGAGACCAUUUACGUAGUCACACACAGGAGAAGCUGACGGCUUGUCCAUCAUGUGGCGCCCUCUUUUCCAGCCCUACUAGAUUUAUCGACCACUUGAAACGACAAGCAAGGGAACUGUUAUUGGCAUAUCAGUGCUCCCACUGUGCCAAGAAGUUUGCUUCGGAAAGAUUGCUAAAGGACCACAUGCGCUAUCACGUCAACCACUAUAAGUGUCCAUUUUGUGACAUGACGUGCCCAGCUCCAACAACGUUGCGGUUACACAUUAAAUACAGGCAUACUGAUCACAAGCCAUUUGCGUGCAUCUACUGUGAACAUUGCUGUAAGUCAAGUGCGGAUCUACGACGACACAUGGAAACGCACAAUGAGGGAAACAACUACAGGUGUGAUGUACAGGACUGCAACUACAGCUGCAGAAGUUUGCAGACACUGAAUAAUCACAAUCGUGUAAAGCACGAGGGGAUUACCACUCCACGAUACCUUUGUCACGUUUGUGAUAAACUGUUUACUAGAGGACAAAAGCUCACUGUGCAUCUCAAGUCGCAGCACAAAUUCCGAUGGCCACCAGGUCACUCCCGAUUCAGGUAUCAGCUGCACACGGACGGAUAUUUGCGAUUGCAGACUGUACGCUAUGAAAGCGUUGAACUAACUCAGGAAUUGAUAGAUGCCGAUAACCAGCAAGGAAGUGAUGCGUCAUCGGAGGCCAUGGAGGAACAGGCUGGUGAAGGAAUGGAGAAUGAAAACGUUUCUCAAAGCGGGCAAGAAAGAGUUGAACUGGCCGAACAAAAAGACGGCAACAUGCAACAAGAGUGCAGCUACGAAUUGCCUUCUCCCGAAGCGAGUUCUCUGUGUCAGCCCAUCAUGGCGAACCUUCACCAAGUGGCCGUUUUACAAGGGCAAGGCAUGUCAGCGAGUGAUCAGCAUUCGGCAGUGGCGGCGGAUCCUACUUACGAAGCACCGCAGAACCCAUGUCCUGUGAACAUGCCUGUCUAUUGUGACGAGGGUGAGAUGGGAGCAGCAACGUGUGUGUACGUGCAGUCAGAUCUGCCGACGGUUCAGGAUUCCUGCCUGUACACGGAGACUCCCCUGGCAACCGAUUCCAUGAUCACUCUGUCGUCCUUGAACAAUUGCUUCCGCGAGGCAAAUGAAUCGGAGAAAGAAGCGGCCUACACACUUUUGACACUUCCACAUAAUGCUCUCUAGUGUGCAAUGCUGUUUUUCUUUUGGCCUCAUGAGAACCAUGUUGCUAUGCCAAACAGACUAUACAAUUUGUUGUAUACUGGGUGAGAAACAAUUAAAACUAUUAAGAGAUGUCGAAUGACAGAUAGCUUGACCAAAGGUAGUGUGUACACAGUGGUAUGUACACAUGGUAGUUUAAUGCCAUGUGAUGUACGCAAAAUUGCAACAAUAUCAGUUGUUUUCAGUAACGUGAUAAAGCAAUGGCUAAUGCAGAUCAGUCAUAAUACAACUGCUGGUAUUUUGAAUUGUAGGCGAGUAGCGUGAGACGUCAAUGUCUUGCUGACCAAUGAAUGGUGCUGUAGACUCCACAAAUACAUUUUGUAUUGUGUAAGGGGGGAUUGUUGAAGAACUGGUUCUUAUAAUCCACAGGCUUUUUUCUACAACUGUGAUUAUUAAGUAAAUAAUCUAGGAAUUUUUGUUGGAUGCUUAGAAGCCAUUUUGUUUAUAUUAAAUGUGAAUCGCCAUAAUUAACCGACUUAUUUAUGCAAGCAAAAGUAAAAGCAAUGUUCACAAAUUGUAUGCCAAGCCAAAACAAUGUGUUCUUUUUUAUCUCAGAAAAUGGUCCAAUUUGGAAUCACAGUUCAUUUACUUGUAUUGAUAGUAUUCUUGUCCAAAGCUUGUAUAUUAAUGAUAAAACUUGAUAAUGAAUUUACACAUAGAUAAUGUAAAUUACUUUGAUAAUUGAGUUAAGUAAUUGAGUUUUCUAUUGUAAUUUCCCAAUAACGUGACCAGUGAAUAUUGAACGCUCGUGUAUUUCUUUCACGCUGCAGGUACUUCCUUAACACUUGCAUGGCAUUUCCUUACUAGUUUUUUCAUAGUAAUGUGUGCUGUUGUGCAAUCUGUGUUAUAAUUGUGUUACACUUAUUAUAUAUGUAAUAAAGCUUGUAAUCCAUAACACUGUUA